GUCUGAGGUUGCCUAGAAACGGCCCCAGCCACACUGCCUCCCGCGCUUAACUUUCCGCCUCCGACUUCCCCGAGAAUAUUUCCGGUUCCGGCUGUGGGCCGGAGAGGACAUGGCGGCGUCUGCGUCUGCUGCUGCAGGGGAGGAGGACUGGGUCCUUCCCUCUGAAGUCGAGGUGUUAGAAUCUAUCUAUCUGGAUGAACUACAGGUGGUCAAAGGAAAUGGCAGAUCUUCACCAUGGGAGGUCUACAUCACCUUGCAUCCUGCCACAGCAGAAGACCAGGAUUCACAGUAUGUCUGCUUCACUCUGGUGCUUCAGGUCCCAGCACAGUAUCCCCAUGAGGUGCCACAGAUCUCUAUCCGUAACCCCCGAGGACUCUCAGAUGAACAGAUCCACAAGAUCUCACAGGCGCUGAGCCAAGUGGCCAAGGCUGGGCUGGGCGCUGCCAUGCUCUAUGAACUCAUUGAGAAAGGAAAGGAAAUUCUCACAGAUAACAAUAUCCCCCAUGGCCAGUGUGUCAUCUGCCUCUAUGAUUUCCAGGAAAAUGAGGCCUUUACGAAAACACCCUGUUACCACUACUUCCAUUGCCACUGCCUUGCUCGGUACAUCCAGCACAUGGAGCACGAGCUGCAGGUUCAAGGACAGGAGCAGGAACAGGAACGGCAGCAUGCCACAACCAAACAGGCAGUCGGUGUGCAGUGUCCGGUGUGCAGAGAGCCCCUUGUGUAUGAUCUUGCCUCACUGAAAGCAGCUCCUGAACCCCAACAGCCCAUGGAGCUGUACCAGCCCAAUGAGGAGAGCUUGCGCCAGCAAGAAGAGCGCAAGCGGCUCUACCAGAGGCAGCAGGAGAGGGGGGGCAUCAUUGACCUUGAGGCUGAGCGUAACCGGUACUUCAUCAGUCUCCAGCAGCCUCCUGCCCCUGUGGAACCAGAUUCAGCUGCAGAUGCCUCCAGAGGAGCCCAGCCACCCAGCUCCCUUGCCACAGAACUAUCUACUUCAUCAACUGCCCAACCCACCCUGUCAGCUCCUCUGCCUGUGGCCUCCCAGUACACUUGCGAGAAGAUUCCAAGGGCUGAGCCAAAUCAGCAGAAGUUGGGCGAGACCCAGAAAGCUAUGCUAGAUCCCCCCCGGGCCAGUCGAGGCCCCUGCAGACAGCCUGAACGGAAGCACUUAAAGGGAGGGGAGUACAAUGUCUCCAAAGGUACCAAUGAUACCCAGGAACUGCCACCUCCUGAGGGGCCCCUCAAGGAGCCCAUGGACAUAAAGCCAGAACCCCAUAACCAAGGGGUUGAAGGUCCUUCCCAGGAAAAGGGGCCUGGCAACUGGCACGGUCCCCCACCCCGCAGGACUCGGGACUGUGCUCGCUGGGAGCGCUCCAAGGGUCGGACACCGGGUUCUUCCUACCCUCGCCUGCCUCGGGGUCGGGGAGCCUACCGGCCUGGUACUCGAAGGGAGACCUUGAGCCUGGAAUCUGAGGAUGGUUCCUAGCAGUACUGACGGGGGAGAGGGAAAUGGGGGUGGGAGUGGGGGAAAUAAAGAGAUUUGGCCUUGGUUGGCUUCUUUGCUCAGUAGUGCCUAGCCUGUGAAGUAUGGCUGUCUUUCUAAAUUCCUAGCAAGGCUGGAGUGUGACAGAGGAGCCCCAGAUUUUCCCCGAAGUCUGUUCUCCCACAAGAUCAGGGUCUGGGUCAAGAGGGAUCUGACAUCUUAGCUACUUUAGCGGGUUUCAGAGAAAACUAGUCUAUACCAAUGUGCAGGAAACACCUUGCUUGGUAACCCACUGUAUACAACGUUAUAUAUGCCUACAUCAUACACACACACAAUUUGGAAGGGAUUCUUUAGGUGGAAGAUUAUACUUUUCUGUUUA